UCUUCUUAACGAAGCUUUGGCUUCUGUCCAUUUGCGCUUAUAACCCAAAACCAACCUUUCCAAAACAGUCCAACUCUUUCUCUCUCUGUCUUCUCUCAAACACUCACAUUCACAUACAGAAGAAGCUAAAAUGGUUAGCCUUGAGGUGGAGAGAACAACAACAGGAUGGGCUGCAAGAGACUCGUCUGGGAUUCUCUCACCCUACACAUACACUCUUAGAAACACUGGGCCGGAAGACGUUUACAUCAAAGUCCUAUUCUGUGGAGUUUGCCACACUGAUACUCACCAGGCCAAAAAUCAUCUUGGCAUGUCAAAGUAUCCCAUGGUUCCUGGGCAUGAAGUGGUUGGUGAGGUGGUGGAGGUGGGAUCAGCUGUGAGCAAGUUCAGAGUAGGAGACGUGGUUGGAGUUGGGCUCGUUGUGGGUUGCUGCAGGAACUGCAAUCCUUGUAAAACAGACAACGAGCAAUACUGCAACAAGAAAAUCUGGACAUACAGUGACGUUUACACCGAUGGGAAACUCACCCAAGGCGGCUUUUCUGCUGCCCUAGUCAUCGAUCAAAAGUUUGCGGUGAAGAUACCAGAUGGCAUGGUGCUGGAACAGGCGGCGCCGCUGUUGUGCGCCGGGGUGACGGUGUACAGCCCACUGAGGCAGUUCGGUCUGAAUAUGAGUGGGUUAAGAGGAGGCAUAUUAGGACUUGGGGGUGUAGGACACAUGGGGGUGAAGAUAGCAAAGGCCAUGGGACACCAUGUGACUGUGAUAAGCUCUUCUGACAAUAAAAGAGUGGAGGCUAUGGAACAUAUUGGGGCUGAUGAGUACCUGAUCAGCUCAGAUGCCACUAAAAUGCAAGAGGCUGCUGAUUCGUUGGAUUACAUUAUUGAUACAGUGCCUGUGGUCCACCCUCUUGAGCCCUACCUCUCUUUGUUGAAGCUUGAUGGGAAAUUGAUCUUGAUGGGUGCUAUCAACGACCCUUUACAAUUUGUCUCCCCCAUGCUCACGCUUGGAAGGAAGACAAUCACAGGGAGCUUUGUGGGGAGCAUGAAGGAGACAGAGGAGAUGCUUGAAUUCUGCAAAGAGAAAGGAUUGAAAACAAUGAUUGAAGUGGUUAAGAUGGAUUAUAUCAACACAGCCUUCGAGAGGUUAGAGAAAAACGAUGUUAGGUACAGGUUCGUUGUGGAUGUGGCUGCCAGCAAUCUUCAUCAAUAGAGUGAAAUAUCACAUAAUUCCGACUGUAUUAUCUACAUAACAAAAAAAUGUUUAUGCUCAUAUGAUGCUUUCAUAUUGUCUUUAACCCUACUGUGAUUGUUGUGAUAGAUGGGGCCAUUGUAUUCGGUGUGGUCCUUGAUUGACUAUGGCUUAUCCAAAUAAAAUUUAAGAGUCCUCCAAUUAUGUCACG